CUGUCUUGACUUUCUUAAUAGUCACACUACCUAAACUGGUGCAAAUACUAGAAAUUAAAUAAGUUAAUUUUGAACAAAAAUAUUUCAAAAACAAAAGAAAUUUAAAAUUUUUUUUUGUUUCAAAGUGUAAAAUAAAUUCAAAGUGUAGAAAAGCUUUAAACGCGUUUUUUAAAAACCAAAACAAAUAGCAACACCAAGUGUUUGAAAACAUCCAAAAAAAUAAUAAUUUUGAAAUUCAUUUAAAAGUGCAAAACAACAAAAAAUCUUUAAACAUGUCUGCUUCACCAACUGCCCGUCAAGCCAUGAAUGUACCACAAAAAACCAAGAAAAUCACCAUUACGGAUCCCAUCCAAAUGCCGGAAGUUUAUUCUUCUACACCCGGUGGCACUUUGUACUCAACAACACCCGGUGGCACUAAAUUGAUUUAUGAACGUGCUUUUUUGAAAAACUUGCGCCAAUCUCCCUUGAGUCAAUCGCCACCCAGCAAUAUUCCCAGCUGUUUGAUGAGAGGUACACCACGCACUCCCUUCCGCAAGUGUGUGCCACUCCCCUCGGACUUAAGCAAGAAAGUGCAAUCCUUGAAGAUAGAGGAGCAAGAACAAUUCCAAUUGGAAUUGUAAAUUUGUUACAAACAAACAAAGAAAAAUUUCAUCAAUAUUAAAAAACAUAAUUCCUGCCACUUAAAAUCUUCUCCUCAAAAACCCUCAUCAUUAAAUAAUUUAUAAGCCUAGAAGCUUUAAGAAGAAGUGACAAAGAAAUUGGAAACCUUUUAAGUCUAUCUUUACAGUACUUCGCUAAAAAUUCCAAUACUGCCUCAAUGUUUUUUUUUUUAGCUGUAAUUAAAAAUCUAUUAAACGAUUUCUAAAUUUUCAUAA